ACAAAACCUGCAUGCACGAAACGCUACACGCGACAAUCAUUUUGAUUUUACCAACUUCGGGGGGUUAUACAGGACUAUCUGUGAUUUCUGUGAUUACAAGAAGAAACUGUGACAACAUUUCUGGAGGUCCCAAAUGAUCCAUGUGAUUUAUCUGAUGACAACGAGCGUUCUAUAUUCGCAUACAAGUUGUUUUCAACCGCAGUUUGCAUGGUCUGUCAAUAUGCUUUCAAUGUUGACAAUUUUGAGAAUUUCUCCAGUUCAGAAAUGAUUGCGCCAACUGUAAGACAUCUGUAGCAUCAUGAUACGAUUUGCAUCCCUGUUGUUGAGAAGACUUGAGAAGAGUCGCGAUGUCAUAUCAUCUUCACAAAGACAGUGGCUGCACAAGUCUGGACCUUGUCUCAAGAAAGCUCCCAAGAAACUCCGAGGGAAGAACCCGAGUUCUCAGCGGUGGAUAGUACGGCAGCUGAACGAUCCUUACGUACAGAAGGCGGCGGUGGACAACUACAGAUGCAGGAGUGCCUACAAGUUAAUCGAGAUGGACGAUAAGUUCAGGUUCCUGAAGCCAGGCCUGGUGGUGGUGGACUGUGGAGCCUGCCCAGGGUCAUGGACACAAGUAGCUGUCAACAGAGUCAAUGCUGCUGAAGGGUUUCCCAGAGGCAUGGUGAUCGGGGUGGAUCUGCAGUACAUAUCACCCAUCAAUGGAGCUAAACUUCUGUCCAACUGUGACUUCACUCUAGAGGAAACACAGGAACACAUUCAGAAACACUUGCCCAAUGGGAAGGCAGAUAUCGUCCUGAGUGACAUGGCACCCAAUGCAACAGGACUCUCCUCUCUUGACCACGACCAGAUUGUAGCUCUUCAAACCAGUGCGUUCAAGUUCUCCAAGAUUGUGUUGCGGGAGGGCGGGGUGUUUGUGUGUAAACUGUGGGACGGCAGCCAUUGUAAGAUGUUUCAGAGCAUCGUGGGCGAUGUGUUCAAGUUUGUAAAGGUCAUAAAGCCACAAUCGUCCAGGAGCAACUCAGCAGAACUCUUCGUUUUCGCCCGAGGGUACAAAAAGAUAAGACAGGACAGCUGACUGAACAUCUGAUGCAGAUGUUGUGUAGGCACCUUAAGUAUGAUCCCACAUUCAAUUUUUGCAGGUAUUCUGUAAUACUCUUUGUAUGCCUGCACAGGCCAUGCACUUUCCAUAAUAGAUAUACAAUGAAACUUUGUCAUUAUUUUGUUCUUAUUUCAUGAGCCAUACAUAAAAAGACUUAUCAAAAGAACAGGGAAACUUACAUAGGAAUGGUGCACUUAACUAGUAUUUGUAGCACAUGGUGUAACGCUUAUUACCUGACAGGUUAAUUAUUUCAUUUUACUAACUAAAUCUCCAAAUACUAUGAAUGGCACUAAUUAUAGUUCAAGCCCCAAUAUGCCCAAAAAUUUAUUUCAUGUGAAUAUUUUCUUUUAAAUUUCAAUACCUCACCAAGUUCGUGUAUGCCCAAGUUCUCUCAGAUCAAUCUAAGUUGAAAUUAAAAUAACUGAAGAAAGUCGGCGAAAACAACAGAUGCAUGAGAACAGUGCUAUAGCAUUUAUUGCAACAUAAGUAUGUGAACAGAAGUAAUCUUGCUAUACCACGCUAGCCCUCUACAUGAUGUGUAGCAUUCCUACUGUGAAAACCUUUUGUACCCUUACUGAACCACCAGUUUCAAGUGCAUUAAAAUACACAAAGUCAUUUGAAAGUCAUGUCCAGUAUUAUUAUCAAAUCAUAAUGUAAGUACCAGCAACAGGUCUGUUACACUAUUUCUUAACUUUAUAAUUACCAGUAUUUUGCUUCUGAACAGAAUGGUUUUCCAUGAAAAGAUAAUACA